AUGAAGGUUGAAGCAACGAUUCGUUCGUUUGCUUCUGAUGUAACUAUAACACAGGUAUUUCAAAACCAGGAGAAGACACCGAUUGAAGCGGUCUAUUGUUUUCCUAUCGAAGAGCGAGCUGCUAUUUAUUCCUUUAGAGCUCAUAUUGAUGAUAGAGAAAUCAUUGCUGAGUUGAAGAAAAAGAAGGAAGCACAGCAUGAAUACAUUAAUGCUUUAAAGCAAGGUCAUGGCGCUUAUUUGCUGGAGCAAGAUGAGAAAUCAAAUGAUAAUUUUAUCAUUAAUGUUGGUGCGUUGCCUCCAUCGAAAGAAUGCGUCAUUACUAUAGCCUAUGUUUCCGAAUUAGAAUUCGUUCAAGGAUCUAUAAUUCAAUUCAUAGUUCCAACAACUAUUGCACCUCGUUAUGAUCCCGAAAAAGGUAGUGUUUCAUCACCAGCAAAUACAAAUACGUUGUAUGUUCAAUCAAGUCCUUACACAAUCGGAUUUUAUUGUCAUAUUGAAAAGGUUGGACAACAGAUUGCUCGAAUAAAUUCAACAUCGCAUGCGAUUGAUGUUGAUAUGAACCAAUCGGAUGCUUAUAUAGUAACGUUUAGUCAAGAAAAUACACAUUUAGAUCGAGACAUUCGAAUCAAUAUUGAAUUAACAACAAAACAUGAUAGUACGAUUCUUGCUGUCGAAUCUAGUGCUGUAAUGGUCGCAUUUGUUCCUACUGAUAGCAAUUAUUGUCAGCAAACGACAUCGAAUAAUGAAUUUAUUUUUGUGGUUGAUUGUAGUGGAUCAAUGGAAGACGAAAACAAGAUUGGACUUGUUCGAGAAGCUAUGCUAAUUUUUCUCAAAAGUCUACCGAUCAAUUGUCAUUUCAAUAUAAUUCGUUUUGGUUCUCAUUAUGAAAGCCUAUUUGAAAAACGUACUGUAAUCUAUAAUGAGGAAAAUGUUCGAAAAGCCGAAAAACUCAUUGAACAAAUGAAAGCCGACAUGGGUGGUACUGAAUUGCUGCGACCUUUGCAAUGGCUUGAACAACAAGCACCUGAUCAAGGACGAGGACGUCAGAUUUUUCUUCUGACAGACGGAGAGAUUUCGAAUGUUUCAGAAGUACUCGAACUGUGUCGAUCAAUGGCUUCAACCAGUCGAAUUUUUUCAUUUGGUCUGGGUCAAUCACCGAGUCGUUCUUUGGUUAAAGGUCUUGCUCGAUCGACGAAUGGUCAAUUUACUUUUAUUCCACCGAAUACUAGUGUUGAUAGUUCAGUAUGUGAACAAUUACGCAGAGCUCUUCAGCCAUGUAUUACCAAUGUACACAUUAAAUGGAAUCUUGGUGUUGAAGUUCAAAAUGCUCCAAGACAAUUACCUCCGGUCUAUUUCAACGAUAGACUCAUUGCGUAUGGUCUCAUUGAUGAUAAAACUAUUCCAUUCAAACACGAUUCUUCUGUUGAACUUGAGACUCAUCCGAAUCAUCAUCAAUUAGCCAUAGCUCAAGUCAAUCGAGUCCCAACUGUAAGCGACAACGGAACCAUUGCACGUCUCGCUGCCAAAGCACUCAUUCUUGAGUUACAACAUGAGAAAGUUCUGUCGAAAGGAUUCACGACACAACCACGAUUCCAAGCUAUGUCAUUGUCCAAGGAAGAAGAAAUGAUGAUGAAGAAACAACAUAUCAUCGAAUUAUCUCUUAAAUACAGUAUCUUAAGUCCAUACACUGCUUUUGUAGGUAUUGAGAAACGAAUAAAUGAAAAUAACAGUGAUAUGGUUUUAUGUGAAGUGCCAAUUCAAAUAUCUAUGAAUGAUCAAUAUUCACAAUCAAUCCAUCCGCAAAUGUUCGCUUAUUUCUCCCCAAGUUAUUCGCCUACUUCACCAAGUUAUUCGGCUAAUUCGCCAUGUUAUUCGCCUACUUCGCCAAGUUAUUUGCCUACUUCGCCAUGUUAUUCGCCUACUUCACCAAGUUAUUCGCCUACUUCGCCAUGUUAUUCGUCUACUUCACCACGUUCUUCAAUAAGAGUAGCAUUGAAAGAUAUUCUUAUUGGAGAACUAAAACAUGUAAUCAUAAAAAUUCCAUCAAAACUUGUUUUUCAAAAAUGUUUAUCUUGGACUGCUUCUUUAAAACAUAUUUUGGAAAAUAAUGAAUAUUAUUUACAUUAA